CCGGCGCUCCCUGCACGGCGGACGGAGGCAGCCAUGGAGGCAAGGCCGGCAGCGGCGGCGGGAAAGGCCUGCGCCGGCGCCCAGGAGCGCGGAGGGCCGCGAGCGCCGCCCGGCCUCCCCCGCCCAGGCCGCAGGCGCCCGGGCCGCUCCACCACGGCGCCCUCCGGGCCAGCAGGGCCGCGCCGGGCCAGGCCGCGCUGCGCGGCGCCGGCUCCUCGCCCCUCCCCGCGCCGGGGCGCGGUCCCGCCACGCCGCGGGUUCCCCAUUCCGGGCUGGCCGCGGUCGCGCAGCGCAGCGCAGCACCAUGGCGCCGGUGCUGCUGGACCUGGCCAACUGGAGCACCUGGGCGGUGUGCGCCGUGAUCAAGCUGCCGCAGCUGGCGGCGGUGCUGGCGGCCAGGUCGGCGCGAGGCGUCAGCGUGGGCAGCCUCGUGCUGGAGCUGAUCGGCUUCCUUGUGUUUCUGAAGUACCAGAUUUAUUAUGGUUACCCUCUGCAGACUUACCUGGAAUAUCCUAUCAUCAUUGCACAAGUGGAAACACGAAACAAGCUUUGCUCUACGCAGUCAUAUUUGUGGGGGGGUGGUACAUGCUGACACUGCAGAAGUGGAUAUUAGACCUGGCCAUGAAUUUGUGCACGUUAAUCAGUGCAGCAAGUAAGCUUGCUCAGCUGCGGUGUCUCUGGCAGACAAAAGAUUCUGGACAAGUGAGCGCCUUGACCUGGAGCAUGUCUGCAUAUACCUGUGCAACAAGAAUAAUUACAACUUUAAUGACUACGAAUGAUCUUAUAGUUCUCAUCCGUUUCAUAAUCAUGCUCAUUCUCAAUAUCUGGGUCACAGGCACAAUCCUGCAUUACAGGAAAACUAAAAAGACUGAUUAGAAGACACCCAUCAGCACACAACAUAGUUACCAUUAGAAAAACUGGAACAAUUAAGCUUAAACAACAAAACAGGGUUUGAGGAAGCUCGCUCUCUUGAGCUUGUCUAGUAUUUUUCCCUAAACAUACUUCGUACAGUCAUGCUUAUUUUCUGUUAGAAAUAAUUCUAAUAAGAUACUUCAUUUAAGCAGCAUUUUUUUAUUGGUCAUUUAAGACAAGUUUCACUGAUAUCACAUUUUCUCUGGGAUUUUUUACUAAAUGAAGAAAGUAUUUUGUAUUUAGAUUUUUAUAUAUUUUCAUACCACUUCAGUACUUUCUGCUUACACAUAGGCAGUUUUCUUCAAUUAUACACGAGCAAUUUUGCACCAACAUAUUAACUCAUCUUUCUGCAUCUGCUAUAAGUUUCAAAAAUAACAGUAGAUGUUUGUCUUUUUCUUGCAAGCAACUCAUUAAUUAGACAUUAACUAUCAGUAUUUUAGGAUAAAGAAAAUCUGAAUCAAGGCUCAAUUCAGAAUAAGGUUCUAAAUGUGUUUUAUUAAGUCACAGAUCCAGUUGGGAUUGCAGCACUUACACGCGACACUUAAAUACUAUAAUUUAUACAGCUGAUACAGGAUACCCACAGUCACUUUUUUUCAAUAAGUCCAGUUUUUAUUAGGAUAAAAGCCAAAACUCAAAUAUGACUUCCUCUUUUUCAACACUGCAACUUGAACUCUCAUACUUGAACUCUCAAACAUACUGUCUUGGGAAUAGCAGAGACUAGAAUGUAUAGAAAUGGAUGAGACUAGUAGAGUUAGAAAUUGCGUUCAAGCAGAAGUUCCUGAACUGAUGCCCAGAGUUUCCAAAUGUAGUUCGUCCUGACAGUGACCCGGUAACGUGCAGUUUGAGGCACCAAAGCAAACUUAUCUCAAAUGUUUUUUUUGAUGACAUUAUUCUGUGCUUUGUUAGUUUUUAGGCUUUCUGUGCUGAGGAAUGCAAAGACUGCACCUGAUUUUUGCUGAGGACAUUCUAAUCAGUUUGCACUAGGUAUAUUUAAAAAAGGGAAAGGAUAUUCUUUAGUAACUAUUAAAGGGGGAUUUUGCUUUUGGAAGUAAUACAUUUCCAACCGGUAGUUAUAGGUGGUAGUCAUAGGGCUUGCCCUCAUUUCUCAUCACUACAUUCUCCAAAUGGAGAAAAUAUGCCUUUUCAAAAUAGUUUUUCUAGUAUUAUUGUUGAUAUGGCAUGUUGAAAUGAAGGCACCCUUGAUCCUGGCACCCUUGAAAAGCAUGGGAAGACUCUAUUGAUUGCAUUUGAGGCAGGUUUUCUUUCUAACAUGUCAUAAAUCAUUGGACACUUGUGGAACAGUGGGAUCUGCAAAAGCAGACCUUUCUGCCAGGGCACACUCCCUGGGACAUAAGUCUAGUCAUGCAGUCAGACAGAGACCUUCAGUAUCAGAAAACAUAGCUGCCUUGCAAACCUUGAUUUUGGAGUGGUGGGAAGGGGUGUCUGUGGAUAUGUGAUUCCAUGUAUCUGAAAUCAUGCAGAGCAAGUUAAAAGAUGGGGAUUUGUUUUUCCAGUGCUCCAGUGAAAUGUAUAAACGUUCAGAAGUGUCUGUGUUGGUUGAGAAACUAUUUGUAAACAUUCUGUUACUGAUGUUGUUAUAACUGUGUAUAACUGAAUAUCUUAUGUAUGUGGUUUAAAUACUUUGGUGGCAUGUGAUAUAUUUUUCAGGUCAUAUUAAUAAAGGAUAUUCUUAAUGAUCGA